AUGGCCAAGCGCUCGUCUGGGUCGACCGACGCGGUCGCUCCGUCGCUGGACGACGCGUCGUACAGCCACUUGUUCAUGGAAGCACGCACGGAGACUUUGCGUAUGACCGAUAUCAAUGCGUUUUUCAUCUGCAAAUUAUGCAACGGGUACUUUCGCGAUCCGUAUACGGCAAAAGAGUGUCUACACACGUUCUGCCACGGAUGCGUUCGGGGGUUCUAUCUGCACACCACGUCGUGUUCUUGUCCGACGUGCGGCGUGGACUUGGGCGCUAAACCGUGGACCCAGUUCAUUCCGGAUCCAGCACUGAAAGAGCUCUCUGAGAAGUACUUGCCGGACUUUCGUGCCAAAGAAGAAGCAGAGGAGCGAGUGUUCUAUGCCAAGUUUGGCAUCAAGCGCAAACAGCCCGACGCUCCACACGAUGAUCACCAGAGUACUUCGAAGUUCCGUCGCCCGCUGUGUCAGUCGCCUGGACACAUGAUCCAAUUCGAGUUGCACCCCCAGCGCGGUCCCGACGUACCUCUGUUUUUGCUCCUGGGUGAGCUGAAGGCCCCGUGCAUGAACACGCAGUCGUCUUUCAAGGUUAUGUAUCUGCGCAAGUACUUGGCCAAGAAGCUGAAGGUCUUGAAGCCCGAAGAGAUUGAGAUUCUGUGCAACGGCAUGGUUGUGGGUCCGGAGUAUUCCCUCGAGUUUGUCCGACGCACGCUUUGGAAAGAGGACUCGAAGAUGAUCCUGGAAUACCGACGCCAACUCGUUGCCUAG